UUUGCUUGCGGGGAAGCGUGGAGGGUGGCAGAGAGUGUGAGAGAGAGAUUAUGAUUCAGACAUUGUUGGGUUAUACAGUUGUUACUACUUCAAAACUGCUUUUUCUGGUUUAGGUUCUCUGUUUAAAUACAGACAUUUCAAAUCUUAACAAUUCUCCUAACUAUAGAUGGCUGAUCUUGAUAUACAUCGAUUAAGUCUUCUCCUCCCAAAGCAAAAAUAAGCAAAAGAAGACAAAUAAAUAUAGUAUGAAUAGCAAUGAGAUCUGAUGAUAAGCUUGAUAUCUUAAUAUCUUAUCAAGCAUGAUAUUUGUAUUUGUCUUUAAUAAAGUUUUAACUCUAUCAUGUACACUGUUCCAAUCCAAUGCGUAAAUCUACGUGUAUUGUUGUAAUCUUGAUGCUACAUACUUUUGAGACAUGAUCUUAAUCGUAUCAGAGAUAUAUAUCUUCAACUUUUGAUGUUUAUAAGAUGAUUAAGCUACGCGGGUGAAUUUAUAUAGCAACGUUCAUAAUAUUGGCAUAAGAACAUUAACAAAGAUUCAAGAGAGAGAGUAAAAAUAAUGGAGGAGAGAGAGAAUGGCGGGGGCCAUAAUGUGGCAGGGCAUGUGGCUGGGAUUCCAACUUGACCUUGUCGGUUGUUCUCUGUACUGCCCUCCUCUGCAACCCACACACUAUAAAGCCUAAUUUCCUUCUUUUUUUUUUACUAAACGCUCCUUUUUGGUACAUCUCCAAAAUAAAACAGUAUGAUGGUAAUUAUUUGUGGUUUUGACAUUAAAAUUUUAGUUUUUAAAGGUUUUCGGUAUUUUUUUUUCAAAUGAACAAACUAUAAAGGUUAUCCUAUAACUAAUCCCUUUGUUCCUAAGAAAUAAAUGUUUAAAAAUAAAAUUAUGUUUCAAAAAGAUGUAUGUUUACAAUUGUUCUGCAAUUUUUAGUAGUUAAUAAUUAUAAAUUGUAAAAUUCAAAUAUUAAUUGUACUUAUUCAAAUACUAUUAGUUUAAAAUUAUGAAGAAUAGCUAAACGCAAAUUUAUAAUUAAUAUUUAAUAUGUUUUUCUAAUAUGUGCAAAACACAAGAAAAUGCAUAAUUUAGGAAAAGAGAGAGUAUACUUUACAUUUGAAAGAUGUGAUUUUUAAUCACUCAAACAACGCCCAAAUCCGAUCAAGAUCUUGUUGAGCAAAAAUAAAAGUAUACAAACGUAUAUUAGACGUAGCAGUUGCACCGAACAAAAAAGAAUUAUGCGCACAAUGCACAAACAUAAUUUAAUGCUAUAGAAUGCGAGUUUAUACUUUAUCAGUAAACUUCAAUAUUCGUUCAAUUUUCUGAUUACAAAUGUACUUAUGUACAUAUGAUCCAUUGGCACAAAUUACAAUAUUCUGAAUUGAUUAUUACUAGAUGUUAGUGUUUGUUUAAUAGUUAUUAUCAGCUGACUGUAUAUAAUUUUUUACUUUACUUAAAGGGAAUUAACUGUUGUGAUAUACAAGCAACAGUCUGCCCAUUUCAGACUGAUUUACAUUUUAGCAUUUUAGCGUUAUGCAACAACAACAAAAAAUAAUCAUAUAACUGAGAAAUUUUAAAAAAAAUUCUAUGUACUCAUAUUUUCUGUUUUUACCAUUUUAAUAUGUCAAUGCACUAAUGGCUUGUGGUACUUGGUAAAAAUGACAUACAAACUGCGACAUAAUUCAAUAAUUGCAUCAGUUUCAUGCCAAUGAUAUAUACUAUGAAAUUUGAGCUUCAAGUUACUGUUGAAUCGUGAUGUGUAUAGAACUAAACUAACUGAUAGACCAAUCAAAUUUCAUACAAAUUAAGAAAGAAAAAACAAUUGGUGUGACCAAAAUGCAUAGAGUUAUGCAAUAUAAUUACUAUAAACUUACAUGGCUUCAAUUUUUUUUUGCUAAAGUUAUGCAUUAUUAAAAAAUAAUAUAUCAAAUCAACUAAUUGUAAAACUUAAAUAAACUUACAUGAUGUCUAAAAAACUUACAUUAAUCUGUGAUUAUGUAUUACUGAUUCAACCAGAUGCGUCGUUUUAAAAUAUACCUUUUAUGAUUUAAUUGUAUAUGAUAUAUAGAGUAAAAAUAUGUUAUUUAUCAUCAUUUUAAAUUUAUUGAUGAAGAUCUCAAUACACCGCUUAUAAAUAAAUAUAUGGAAUAUGAUGAAAAUAACUAGAAGUAGUUCUAAUCUGAUGCAUUGUUAGUUUAUUUUCGUUUAUAUAUUAUCUUCAUUUUUUUAGUUUUCAGAUUUAAAAUGUUCACUCAUGUUAUGAUUAUUGCUAAAUGUAGUAGUUUUAAAAUAAAAUGCAUUUUGUUUAUAUUUACAAAUACUACAAUACAAUAUAACAUGUGGUCUGAAAGGUUGUUCAAUUGCCUAUUUAGAUUGGAUGUUAAAACAUUAUAAUAGAGUCAUUUAGCUUAAUAUUCCAAAAUAAACUUUUAAGUAUUUUUCUUCCCAUUUUAACUUUUUCUAUGUUCUCGUUUUUCUCUUGAAGAUUGAUAAAGGGUCAGUAGUAUAGUAUAAUUUUUAUAUGAAAAUGGUCUAAAUGACAUCUUUUUUUUUUAUCAUCUCUUCUUCUCCUUUUUCAUGACAAACUAAAACCAGACCCCUCAAUUAAAAACCUUAAUUCUCUAAUUUCUCAGUUCUCUAACUAGGGUUAGAAGAUUGAGAAAUUAGAGAAUUGAGAGAUUAGAGAAUUAAGGUUUUUAUUUUGGGGAUUCUGUUUUCAACCGGGAUAAUAUACUUUCUUCAUAGACAUAAAUAUACUUAAUCAGGUUAAAAAUUCAGAAUCACUGAAAUAAUCUUUCAACUAGUUGAACUAAUCCCACAGAUCAUUACCAUUAGUAUUCAUUUAAGUCCAAGAUUACCUUAAAAUUUUGCUUUAAAAUUAUAAAAGCACUUCAAAGGAGAUGCUAAAUGAGAAGUACUUCACUACAUGAUAGUAUAAUAUAUACUCAUACGAUCGUCUCUAUCUCUUUCCCAUGGCCUCACCACAAGAACUGUCUCUUAUAAUCAGAUCUCAAAGGUUUGCUUGUUGGGAGCACUGAGACAUCAAACAUGACUUCUUCUCUCUUUCAACCUUAACAACUAAUUAACCCUAAAAGUUCCCUUUUACAGUAUCAAUCCCAAAAGUUCCUAGACAUCUCAUCUCUCUCUCCAUUAAUACCCUUCACAAGUAAAAAAAAAGCUUUUGAGCUUUUAUUGGUUAAGGUCCUCUUCAGUUCCUCCUGGAAAAUCUGAGUCUUACCUCGUGUACUUGCUUUUAUCGGGUAGAGAUCCACAAGUUAAACCCUUCUCCAUCUCCUUUUUUUUUUGUCAGCGCCCUUCUCCAUCUCCUUAAUUGCAAAUUAAAUCAUUUUCAGGGUUUAAUUAUAAUUAAACUCCAAGAAAAAGAAAAUGGAUAUGAGAAGCCAUGAAAUGAUUGAGAGAAGAAGAGAUGACAAUGGCAACAAUGGUGUUGGUAAUAUCAAUAGCAUUAUUACAAAUGAAGAUAACUGCAACGGUAACAACAACACUCGUGUCUCUUCCAACUCUCAAACCCUAGUUCCCCACCAAUCCAAGUCUUCGCCUUCUUUUUCCAUCUCCACCGUACGGUACCGAGAGUGUCUGAAGAACCACGCGGCGAGCGUCGGUGGAAGUGUAUAUGACGGUUGCGGCGAGUUCAUGCCGAGUGGUGAGGAAGGAACAUUAGAAGCUCUUAGAUGCGCUGCUUGUGACUGCCACCGUAAUUUCCACCGGAAAGAAAACGACGGCGUAGGAAGCUCAGAUGGAAGCUCUCAUCACCGUCAUCAUCACCACCAUCACCAGUACGGUGGAGGGAGAAGACCACCGCCGAGAAACAUGAUGCUUAACCCACUCAUGCUUCCUCCCCCGCCGAGUUACGCGCCGUUGCACCACCACAAGUACGGAAUGAGUCCUCCUGGUGGAGGAGGAAUGGUGACGCCGAUGAGCUUCCCUUACGGCGGCGGCGGAGGAGGAGCUGAGUCGUCUAGUGAAGAUCUGAAUAUGUAUGGACAGUCAAGCGGAGAGAAUGGAGGAGGUGUUACGCCGGGACAAACGGCGUUUUCGAUGAAACGGUUCAGGACGAAGUUCACGGCGGAGCAGAAGGAGAAGAUGAUGGAGUUUGCGGAAAAGCUAGGGUGGAGGAUGAACAAGCAAGACGAAGAAGACCUCAAGAGAUUCUGUGGUGAGAUCGGAGUUAAGAGACAGGUCUUCAAAGUCUGGAUGCAUAACAACAAGAACAAUGCUAGGAAACAACCAACACCAACAACAACAACAUGAACUCUCUAAUGGUGAAGUGAUCAAGUACUACUUAGUUGUGAGAUUAUGUAAGAGAAUCAUCUCUUAAUCUAUUGUUAUCUUUUUGUUUUAGAUGUUAUCUAGGUUUUGUAGCUUGUACGAUUGGAUGAUGUUUUGUUUGAGUAGUUAAUAAUAAAUUAAUAAUAGAGUCAAUCGGCUAAAACCC